AUGGCUUCCCGCAUACUCCCCCGAGGAUUGAGUACCAACAAUGCCAAACCUCCGCUCCCCAACCCCGAAUACGACGAACGCGGUAUUCCCAAGAUCAUCAAUGACCUCCGUGACCAGAUUAGGAAGGGAUUGCAGGGCCAUAUCGUAGACCCCCGCAUGCUGGGACCUGCGCUUGACUUCCUCAAGAACCCAAACGAGAUGAAUGACCGCGAGAUGCUCCUUGAAUACGUGCUGACGGCGCUCGCCACGCACCCGUCGAGCACCAUCAAGACCUUCUUCGAGGGCGAAACGGUCAAACUUCUGUAUAACGACCUGGCGCACCCACCUGCGACGCAGCUGGGCAAGGACUACAAUGUUAGGCAACCUGAUGGAUCGAACAAUAACAUAGAGUCUCCCGCCAUGGGGAAAUCUUUCACCCCUUACGCUCGUAGCGUCCAACAAUCGCAUCCGCUUCCACCAAAUGAAUUGCCCGAUCCUGGGCUCAUCUUUGACACGCUGCUGAAGCGCGAGAAGUUUGUCAAGCACCCAGCUGGGCUGAACUCGCUCAUGUUCUCCUUCGCGGCACUCGUCAUUCACACCGUCUUCCGUACAUCGCACACCGACCCCAAUAUCAAUGAGACGUCUUCGUACGUUGAUCUCUCCCCGCUGUACGGCCACACCAGAGACGAACUGGACACGCUCCGCGUAAAAGAUGGUCGGGGAUUGCUUCGGCGUGACGUCUUCGCCGAGGAUCGUCUACUAUUGCUACCACCGGCUGUUUGUACACUUCUUGUCCUCUUCAGCCGUAACCAUAAUUAUAUCGCGAAGAAGUUGCUCGAGAUCAACGAACGUGGCACCUGGAAGGACCCGUCAGAGUACGAUACAAGUAAACCCGAAGAAAAGGAGGCGCUCCUGAAGCAGGACGAGGAGAUUCUACAGGUUGCGCGUCUAGUCAAUUGCGGCUGGUUCGGCUCCGCAGUCUUUGGCGACUACUUCGCAAGCAUCCUUGGUCUCGUCCGUCUGGGAAGCUCUUGGAGUUUGAACCCCUUUGGCGAAAUGCGCGGGAUGGACCACGAGCUUUUCGAGCGCGGCCGUGGGAAUGUAUGCAGCGUAGAGUUCAAUUGCCUCUAUCGCUGGCAUGCGACGACAUCUGCCGAGGACGAAGAGUGGAUAGGCAAGAUGAUGUCCGACAUGUUCAAGAAGCCGGCGGACGAUAUUACGCCCCCAGAAUUCGUCGCCAAAGUGUUGGAAAUGAAGAAGGGCGCCGACAUGGAUCCCUCUCAUUGGACGUUUGGCCACCUUCAACGUCAGAAGGAUGGUAGCUUCAAGGACUCUGACCUCGCUUGGUGGAUCAAGAACGCGACUGAACAUCCUGCCUCUGCCUUCAAGGCUCGUGGUACGCCUGAGGUGAUGAAACUGCACGAGAUUAUGGGUAUCCAGUCGAACCGUCGAUGGGGUGUAUGCUCCUUGAAUGACUUCAGGAAGUUCUUGGGACUCAAGCCGUAUGCCACUUUCCAUGAUUGGAAUUCUGACCCCGAGAUCUCGACUGCCGCUGAGAACCUUUAUGGCGACAUUGACCGCCUGGAGUUGUACGUCGGUCUUCAAGCUGAGGAGGUCAAAGAGCUCCGAGACGGCGCUGGUCUCUGCCCCGGCUUCACAAUUAGUCGCGCUAUUCUGAGCGACGCCAUCGCCCUCACGCGCGGCGAUCGCUUCUUCACCGCCGACUACACGCCUCACAACAUGACAGCCUGGGGCUUCGCUGAUUGCCAGCGUGACACUUCCGGCCCGGGGAAUGGUAGCAUGCUCGGUCGCUUGUUCAUGCGCACACUCCCGGAAGAGUACACGGAGAACAGCACUUAUGCUUGGUUCCCGCUGCAGACUCCAGAGAGCAUGAUGGGCUUCCUUCGCAAGCUCGACGUUGAGGAUCAGUACGACUACGCCCGUCCGCCCGAGCCCCGGCCGAUCGUUUUCGUCAAAGAUUAUCGCGACGCCGAGGUGGUGCUCAAGAGCCCACAGUUCGUCGCCCCAUACGGGACCAAAGCUGCCCGAGUCGUGCAGGGCAAGGGCUUCUUCAUCGCAAACAAAGAUGCCGGGCGCGCGGAGGCCGAUCAGCGUAGUGUUCUUCAUGCGCUUGUCCCAACCCCUGGUGAUAGCGACGCCAUCGGCAAGUUCUUCUAUGAGAAGACUCGCGCACUUCUUUCUGGCCGUUCCUUUGUGCUCGCCGACGCGAACAUCCUUAAUGUCGACGUCUUGGAUGUGCUUAAGGCAGUCCCCCUUCACUGGAUCAUGUCUGAUGUGCUGGGGCUUUCGCUCAAGAAAAUCAAGGAGAAGGACGAUCAUGGCGUGUACACUGAGGUCGAGUUGUACGAGAAGCUGUCCGAGAUAUACCAGUACAUCUUCCUCGAUAUCGACCCCGACAAGGCGAUGCGCUCGCAGCAGGGCGCGAAGAAGCAUGUGGAAGAGCUCAAGCAUCUUAUCCAUUCAACGAUCCGCAGCAACCGCAUGUCCAUGUCUGGUCUGGUCAAUUCUAUCCAGAGUAUGCUCGGCGGCAAGAAGAAGUCCAUGAACGCCGUUGCGGCCCGUCUGCUUGCACUCGGUUCCGACAUCGACGACGUCACGAACAACAUCCUUGCGCUAAUGGUUGGCGCUACCGUUGAGCUUUCCCAGUGUCUCGUUAACACCGUCAACACUGUCUUCGGUCAAACGCACCAAGUCUCGGUCGAGCAGAUCAAAGACGUUCCGAUCGAAACGCUGGACAAGUUCAUCUAUGAAUCUCUCCGCAUUGACCCGCCGUUCCGUGGCGUGUAUCGCCAGGCGCUAAGCGACCAGACGCUCGGCGACAAGUCCAUUCAGGCGGGCCAACGUGUGUUUGUCGACCUGCAUCAGGCCAGCUUCGAUGAGGACGUCUUCGCCAAUCCGACGUCAUUCUCUCUGAACCGUGGCCAAGUGGGCCGUUACCUAUUGGGUGACGGAUGCGCUCGCGUGCUGGGUGCAGAAUUGACGACCAAGAUCAUGAGCUCAGUUGUCCGCGCUAUCAUUGAGCUUCCCGGCGUCCGCCCCGGUACCAAGAACCUAGGCUACCUGAAGCGCUACGCCGUCGACGAGCCGGGCGCUAAGAAUCUCCUCUACCAGUACAUCGGCAAGGAUCAGCUGCCGACACCGUGGGCAUCUUCAAGGAUGAUCCUCCAGUACGAUGCUACAGGCGCACGAAAUGGUCGUGCCACGAACGGCUCGUCUUGA